GUCGUUCGGUCGUUCGCGCCAGGGCGCCGAGCUCCGCAAAAUUUACCGCCUGCGCGCGCAGGCACCGAUGCUUUUGUCGGGCCCUUGCGGCGCAGCGAGGGCACUUCCAGAGUGCCUUCGGCGCGCGCGAGCUGUGCGCUGCUGGUGGAAAAAGAACCCGGCGCCGGAGAUCUGGGAAGGACGCCCAGACAUCCGCGGCGCCCCGGACCACGUCCAGCUGCCUGCAGCAGAUGACGCCACCGUGCCGGCGCAGCAGCGCAGCGCGAAGGAGGCUGAGUCCAAGGGAUAAUGACUAUCUCGGGAGAGGCAUGCGCAGCUACUUCGACCGCCCCGUGCAGAAGCUAGACAGGCGGCGCGUGCUUGAGCCCACGUGGAACCUGGAGCGGAGGGGCCAGGACGCUUCCAAGGAGGCGUACUUGGUCUUCGACGCGAAGACGGCCAAGUGGAAGGAGGAGUGGGACUGGGUGCUGGACCCGACGCGGCGCUCUCUGGGUUUGGCGCAGGCCGGGCGGGCCCUCGGCCAGCAGCUGCCGAUCCCUGCAGAGGACCACGCCGCGCGCAUGCGCAGGGAGGAGCACUGGGACCGGCGCCACGCGGAGGUGUUCUCCAGCAAGAACGAGACCUGCAUGGUCGACUACAGGAGCUACUUCGACCGCCCGAAAGACGACAGUCGUGGCUUCGCCCCAGGUCCCGUCUGGCGCUUGGAAAAGGAGGUGAAGCCGCCGCUCUCGCGGCGGGCCGCUUCGGACCCCCUCCUGCGCGAGGCCCUCCUCUCGCCCGGUCUCGCCGGCGGCAUGGGCCGCUCGUGCGGGCCUCCCCCGACCGACCCGAAGCUCGCGGGCAGGCCGGAAUGGGUCGGCAACUUUGACACCGAGUCGAGGCUGAAUCGGGGCCUGGGGGGCAAAAUGGGGCGGUGACACCUGCCUCUGACGCCAUAUCCAGACAUCUGGCGGUUCGAUUUUUUCGAGUCUUCGCCCUAGUAGUAGUAGUAGUAGUAGUAGUAGUAGUAGUAGUAGUAGUAGUAGUAGUAGAGGAAUUUAAUGACGAACGACAGGAUGGGCAUUUGAUCUUCAAUCGGCU